ACAAAUCACUCAAAUUCGUGAUUGCGUUUUUGACAAAUAUAUUUAUUAGCGGUUAACAGUUUACGAAGUUAUUGCCCCUUUAAAGAUGAGCGCAUUACGAAAGUAAACACGGGCAGGUUCCAUUUCUAGUUUACUUAGCGCUGAUCUAAGAAGUUGUCACCAUGGACGACGUCCCUCGUGUUAUAGGCAGAUGUCAGACCAUGUGUCCGGUUGAAGAAUUCAAAAUGAGAGAGCGGGAAGGCCUGCUACAUCCGCUGGAAAUACCUCAGCGGUCGAAGCCUGUUGGUAGAGGUCGAGGCCGAGGUCGGGGGAAGGCCAGACUUCAAGGUGACCUCAGCACUGCUGUGAAGGAAUAUUCACGUCCUGCUGCAGGUCGCGCUGACCCUGAUCCUUCUGCUCUACGACCUCCCAGAAUUCUUCACCAGACAAUCAACUUCCUGUUCAGCAAUAUCAUUUCCCUGCACCACACACAGGAGCCCGGCUGGAACCAGGUGUAUGACUUCGUGUUUGACCGUCUGAGAGCCGUGCGACAAGAUAUGGUCAUCCAAGAUGUCCGAGGCCAGGACGCCAUCACCAUCCUGGAGGCCUGUGUGAGCUUCCAUGUGUAUGCUGCAUACAGGUUGUGUACACAUGGGCUUGCCACAUACGACCCUGUGAUCAAUUCUCAACAUACACAGGAGUGUCUGAAGAGGCUGCUGUAUCUGUACUCACACACAGACGUUGGACAGAUGGAGGAUGUGGAAACCAGACACUGUUCAGACACUCAUCAGAGAAGUGGCAGACAUUCAGGCAGACGUCAAGCCAUAGAUUCAGAUAGAAGCAGUGAGACAAAAGCACAUGACUGUCCAGUGUCUGAUCAGAGAGUGUGCCAACAGUCUGAUUGUAGUCCAACAGACAGUAGAUCCACAGACAUCAGACACACAGACUACAGAUCCACAGACUACAGAUCCACAGACAGCAGACACUCAGACAACAGAUCCACAGACACCAGAUCUACAGACAACAGACACACAGACAGAAUAUCUACAGACAACAUAUCUACAGACAACAGAUCCACAGACAGCAGACACACGGACAUCAGACACACAGACAACAGACACACAGGCAACAGACACACAGGCAACAGGUCAUAUGAUCAGAGUCACUUGGAGGAUGAUCUGAGAUUGUGUAGUUUAUCGGACACUGAGCCACGAAACAGACACACAGACUCACAAACGGACAGGCCCCACCUGAGACAGGCAGAGUUUGAGAGUGUCUAUCUGCUGUAUAACCUUGGUGAUGCAGAUGCUCUCAGACAUUUCCUGCAGCUUCCCAAGUCGUUAAGAUGCCAAACACUACCUCAUGUUGCCUACCAGAUCAGCAUCAGUUACCUGCUCGGCAACACGCUCCGAGUCCUCCGUCUCGCCACUCGGCUUCCCAGCGUCCUGUCUCUGUGUGUCCUUCACCGCCAUCUUGCCAACAUACAGGCGUACGGUCUGCGGGUGAUGUGCGCGGCGUACAGCAGCAAGAACUCCAGUUUCCCUGUGAGUCGACUCAGCCAGCUGCUGGGGUGGGACACAGAGGCGGAAGCAGAGUCGGAGUGCCGAGACCGAGGCCUCGCGGUCAGGGAUGGGAAGGUCACCUUCCUUAAGGGAAACUUCACACCGGCUGAAAAGACCCAGUCUGGCAGAUGGGAGUUCCUGGAGGGCAAGCUGUGCUGUGUGUCACUACCUCGACUGCUUUUGGGAGACACAUGACAAUAGACUCACCCAUUUGGAAAAGUGAUGUCACACGUUACAAGAUAAGAUGGGAGUGCAAGCCUUAAUUGUGUGUCAGUGCCAUGACUUCUGCUGAGAGGCACAUAAUGUCAGACUCUCCCGCUA